GCACUGGCCACCUUGAGGCUGUGCGGUUCCAUUCGCAGGCUGAGAAGGCUUAGCUUGAAAGGGGCGCAGCACCAGAGCCCCGGUGAAAGUUGGCAAGCUCUGCCGGUCAGAACGAAAGCAGAAGCAAGCUGGGCAGCAUCUCGAAGCGCGGUCGUUUUUCCCCUCCGUCGCCUCCCAGUCUGGGGUGGUGUCCCGCAGACCCCCGGAGCCCGAAGGGCUGGAGCGACCCGGGUGGCGCCCCGCGUGGCCGCGCACACCCGCCGAUGCAGACUCCGGCCCGCAAGCCCCGCCUCCCGGGCCCAGCUGAUCCGCGCCGCCCUGCAGGCCCCACACCUCCGCCCCGCCGAGCCCCACGCCGCCCGCGCCCGCCAACCCCGCGCCGCCGACCUGGGUCCAGGCCGCGCACCUCCCUGCCGCGCGCGCGCCGAGAAGGGAGCGGGAGGCGGGCGGCCUACGCGGUGCGGCGGAGCGGUGAGUGGCGCGUCCCCGCUGCGGCCAUGGAGGUCUACAUCCCGUCCUUUCGCCACGAGGACAGCGAUCUGGAGCGCGGCUACACGGUGUUUAAAAUAGAAGUGCUAAUGAAUGGAAGAAAACAUUUUGUUGAGAAACGGUACAGUGAAUUCCAUGCCUUGCACAAAAAGCUUAAGAAAUGUAUAAAGACUCCAGAAAUCCCUUCUAAACACGUCAGGAACUGGGUCCCCAAAGUCCUGGAACAACGGCGGCAAGGCCUGGAAACCUAUUUACAGGCCGUCAUCUUGGAAAAUGAGGAACUUCCCAAACUCUUCCUUGACUUCCUCAAUGUAAGACACUUGCCCUCUCUACCAAAAGCAGAAAGCUGUGGAUCUUUUGAUGAGACAGAAUCCGAAGAGUCAAGCAAGCUAUCCCACCAGCCGGUGCUGCUGUUCCUUGGGGACCCAUACGUCUUGCCUGCAGCCAGCGAUUUUCCAAAUGUGGUCAUCGAAGGAGUUCUUCACGGGAUCUUUUUCUCUCACCUACAGCCCAGGUAGAAACGCUACCCGGCUGGAAGAAGCUGCAGCGAGUGUCAAUGCCAACGGCAAGAAAAAUCGAUAUCUCUACCAAGUUAACCGAAACUACGUGACACAAGAGCUCUAGCUAUAGUGGGAAAAUUCACAGUCCUAGCUCCCUUUGGAACAGGGACAUUUCUAUUAGAAUGGUGCUUUUAAAAUUAGAAACCGGACCAGGGCGGGGUCAGUUUAAGACCAAUUAUUUGAGGAGUGAAAGGGAGAGAGAUUACAAGGGAAGUCAGGAAAAGGAGGCCACAGUGGAUUACUGGGAGCGCCGAGUGUCACAAAACAGAGGCAGCCUCUGCUUCAGCCGCGCUAUCUGCUAAUUGGAUAUCAUAAUAGCCCGAGUCAGGCUGACACUGAGCAGCUCCGGUGGCCUUCUGUUCAGACCUUGGGCACGCCCAUCUUUGCGCCACGGGAGUUUUCUCAUAUGGGAUACUGUAUUCUGGAGUGUGGGCGCCUGAAGAGUAUCCUGGAACCCACUGUGCCGGACUGAAAAUUCAGUUACACUGACCGUAGAAUGCAUUUUCAUUUCCAUUAUGGACGAGAUGCCUCCCACCUACAGAUCAGCCGCCAGCAUCGGGGCUCGAGGUGAAACGGGGUGUUGGGACCAUUCCUGAGAACACUCUAGAAAGGCUCCUCCGAAGACCGGCUGACACCCCUGGCAAGGUUCCAGGGGCCGUUCCAUGUAGAAAGUAUGUACUCUAAACACUAAAAUCAUACGCCCAAGAGUGGGGCAUGGGCGUCAGUGGCCAUCAUAGGAGCAAACGGACUGUUUGUGGCAGUGCUCCCCGACGGUGUACACCCACGCCGCUGUCACAGGCUCUGUUCCGGUUCCUCCUCGACUGACACCGUGUAUGGAUUAAAGUGAGUUAGAUGCUCGAUGCUGUCCCUCCACUGGAUGUCACAGAGGUCAUCUUUCACUCAGUGACGGAGCAGAGCCUAGGCCCUACCUGUGUGUGUGCUGACGAGCAGCCUACUUAUGGUUAUGAAUUUUCAUAAAUUUCAAUGUGGGAGGAAAUAUUUACAAUUAAAAUACCAUGUCAUGAAUUUUUAUUAGAUUGAAAGCCUGCUGCAAACUUUUAAAAAUAACAUUUUUAUGAUGGAUUGUGUAACCACAUGUUGGAAAUAAAGUAACCAAGUGUUAUCAAAAAAACAACUAAAUAGUGAAGAACUAGAGAUACUUUUUAAAAUGUUUUUAUGUUACUAGCUAUUUUGAGUUAAAUAAAAACAAACAAAAGUAAGUAUUUGAA